AGUUACAAAGAGAAGGAUGCCGGGAAAGUGGUCGUUUAUGCGACAACAAUGGGUAUAGUGAGGGAGACGCACCAUGCCUGCAUGAAGGUAAAACAAAUCAUGAGAACGCUGCUCGUGAAAUUCGAGGAAAGGGAUGUGUUCAUGAGCACGGAAUACCAGGCAGAAAUUAGAGACCGCAUGCGUUGCGAUCACAUUUUGGUGCCACAGGUGUUCGUCGAUGGCCAACACAUCGGGGAUGCUGAAACUAUAGAGAGGUUGAACGAGACCGGCGAGUUGCGUAGGAUAUUAAAACCUUACAAGAGUAUGGAUGCCUGUACAACGUGUAAAUCGUGCGGCGGCUUUCGUCUACUUCCUUGUCCAGUCUGCAACGGCAGCAAGAAGUCGUUGCAUAGGAAUCAUUUCACCGCGGAAUUCGUGGCGCUCAAGUGCAUGAAUUGCGACGAAGUCGGUCUCGUCAAGUGCAGCUCUUGUUCUUGAACGGAAAACAAGUCGAAGAGAUUCAUGGAAGUAAUAUAUUAGUUGCUCAAGGAGGGGAAGAGAAGACAAUCGAAAGGAGAGUGCAGUGGACAUUUAAAUUAUAGAUUACAUAUAUUUCUUCUAUCUAUCAUUUUUUUUUUCUAUAUAUUAAAAUUCUGUAUUUUGUAAAUAUUUUUUAACGAACGUGUGUAGUUUUAGGUACAUGGUUUAUCUCUGAGGGAUCGACUAAAAGUAAUAGAAACCUUAAUUUAAGCAUACACAUAAAUAAAUAUAUAAAUAGAGAGAUUA